GCGCUGCCGUGAUCGCUACUUCAACCUCGUCGGGCCGGGCGAUUGGCAGAAGACGAUGAGGAAGCUGGAGGACAGCGACUGCCGAGGGUUGGGCGACCGACUCAUCGAGCAAAUCGAGAAGAUGUCGGUAAAGCAGGCACGGGAUUAUGUCGCCAAGAGGAAGAAGGGGGCCGCUUCGUCGGGUGAGACCAAGUACAAGAUGUCUUGGAUCUGGUACCGGAGGGGCAACCCGGAGGAGGGCGAUGGGCUGAAGAUAACGGAUGAGCUCAUGCUGGAGUGGCUGAAGAACCGGGCCCGCGCGCGCAACUGGGUGGAGGAAGUUUGGCUGGUGGACGAGGAGAUGGGCAGAGUAGUGCGAUUCAACAUGUCGAUGGCUGAUAUCUGGGAGGCGCGAUGUCACGCCGCUAUCCUCGACGCGCCCGACUCCGCCGCUAUCCUCGACGCGCCCGACUCCGCCACUAUCCUCAAUGCGCCCGACUCCGCUUCAGCAAGCGACACAGCCGGCGCCGACGGAACAGCUGCAUUGCCAUCGAGCGACGCUCAGCGCUUCGCACAAUGGGCAGCCAGGCUACGGGCGACGAUCGCUUGUGACGCAGAGGAGUCCUGGGACGCCGACGCCGCUUGGGCUAACGGUGUGCGCGCGUACGCGCUCCAACAAGCUUGGGUUCGGCGUCGACAAGCGGCGCUAUGGGAAGAGCAGUUCGGGAAAGCAAGGGAGGAGGGUCACGCGUUCAUGAAAGACCAUCGGCUGGAUGGCAUAUGCACUGCGGAGUUGGUGGCGGUCCCGGGCGACGAGGAGCGGGCGAAGCUGAAGAAGCAGAAGAGAAAGACGAGGCAGGGCUGGCAUACCCUUACAGCAUCUGACCCUACCCGUGUUUGA